AUGUAUGCUAGUCCUAAUUCUAACAGGAGGGAUGAAUUAUGGGAACAACUUACAACUAUUUCUCAGUCCAUGGAUAAACCAUGGUUAGUUGCUGGUGAUUUUAACGAUUUCUCAUCCCCAAAUGAGAAACAGAGCCUUCAAGGGAGCAACACUCAGAGUAUUAAUCAAGACCUUAGAAGAAGUAGUAAGUUCAAUGACAGACUUAAUUUAUGUAAGCUGAUGGAUUUAGGUUGUGCAGGUCCACGACUGACAUGGUCUAACAAUCAGAAAGGUUGGGCUAAUACUAUGGUUCGUCUGGAUAGAGCUUUGUGCAAUACUGAAUGGCGACUUACAUUUCCAGAUGGUUCUGUUAGGAACCUCCCUCGUACCUAUUCAGAUCAUUCUCCAAUGAUGGUGCUCACCCAAGGUAUUUCUCCCUUUAACCCUGUUUGUAGACCUUUUAAGUUUAUGGCUGCAUGGAUCACCCAUGAAAACUUCAAAUCUAUUGUUGAAAGUAGUUGGACCAUUCCUACUUCUUCUCUGAGUGAGAAGCUUGAUAAUCUUGCUCAUGUUGCUAAUACUUGGAAUAAAGUGAGAUUUUUGGUAAUAUUUUUAGAAGGAAGAGAUGGUUACUUGGGACGAUCGAAGGGAUCCAGAAAUCCCAAGCUACCAACUAUUCCCAUAAUCUUCACCAUCUGGAAUUUGAGCUUAUUGAGCAAUAUAAUCAUGUGUUGUAUCAAGAAGAACUCUUGUGGUUCCAAAAGUCUAGAGCCAAGUGGAUAA